UUUUUGGUGGCGCGGUUCCUUUAAAGGACGUGGAGCGACUCUGCUUCAGAUUUCUCGCUGUCUCUGAUUCAAACCAGUCACCACCACUUGUUUCCUUUCUCCAAUUUCACCGGGACACAUUUUCCGGCGGAUUCGCCGCCGGUUGGAAUUCCCGAUGGAAAGUUUCAAAGCCCCUUUUAGGGGUAUUGCGAAUGAUGUCAGAGGAAGAGCUUCAUGUUACAAACAAGAUUGGAUUAGUGGUCUUUGUUCAGGAACCGGGAUCUUGGCUCCAACAACGUACAUUUUCUUUGCUUCUGCUCUUCCUGUUAUUGCCUUUGGUGAGCAACUGAGUAGAGAUACAGAUGGCAGCUUGAGCACAGUUGAAACUCUGGCUUCUACCGCAAUUUGCGGUAUCAUGCACUCAAUUUUGGGAGGACAGCCUCUAUUGAUCCUUGGAGUUGCAGAGCCUACAGUUAUUAUGUACACCUAUCUUUUCAACUUUGCCAAAGGAAGGGAAGAUUUGGGACGUGAACUGUUUUUGGCAUGGGCAGGAUGGGUUUGCGUAUGGACGGCACUUUUGCUGUUUCUACUUGCAAUAUUCAAUGCCUGUACAAUAAUCAAUAGGUUUACGAGAAUUGCAGGAGAGCUUUUUGGCAUGUUGAUAUCUGUCUUAUUCAUUCAAGAGGCCAUCAAGGGAAUGGUGAGUGAGUUUGAAAUUCCUAAAGCUGAAGAUCCAUCUUUGGAGAAAUAUCAAUUCCAGUGGCUAUACGCAAAUGGAUUAUUGGGGAUCAUUUUCACUUUUGGUCUUCUCGUUACUGCUUUAAAGAGCAGAAGGGCAAGGUCAUGGUGGUAUGGCACAGGGUGGUUCAGAAGUUUCAUUGCAGAUUAUGGUGUUCCAUUAAUGGUGUUGGUGUGGACAGCCUUGUCCUUCAGUGUACCAAGAAAAGUUCCCUCUGGAGUUCCUAGAAGGCUGUACAGCCCUCUCCCCUGGGAUUCUACAUCUUUAAGGCACUGGACGGUAAUCCAGGAUAUGGGAAAGGUUUCUCCUGCAUACAUAUUUGCUGCUUUCAUUCCUGCUGUGAUGAUAGCAGGGCUUUACUUUUUCGACCACAGUGUUGCCUCGCAACUGGCUCAACAAAAGGAGUUCAAUCUAAAGAAACCUUCAGCUUACCAUUACGACAUCUUGUUGCUUGGAUUCAUGACGCUACUUUGUGGACUAAUUGGUUUACCUCCAUCUAAUGGAGUCUUGCCACAAUCGCCAAUGCACACAAAAAGCCUAGCAGUUCUCAAGAGGCAGUUGAUGCGAAGAAAAAUGGUGGAGAGUGCCAAAGAAAGCAUAAAGCAGAAAGCCAGCAACUCUGAAAUCUACGGAAAAAUGCAAGCUGUGUUCAUCGAAAUGGACAGCGGUUCAUUUACUAGUUCAGAUGUACAGGAGCUGGAAGACUUAAAGGAGGCAGUCAUGAAAGGUAAAAGCGAAUUGGAGAAUGCAAAGGAGACAUUUGAUCCUGAGAAGCACAUUGAUGCACACUUACCAGUCCGAGUUAACGAGCAGAGAUUGAGCAACCUGCUACAGUCACUUCUUGUUGCAGCAUCGGUCUUUGCCAUGCCUGUAAUAAAAAAGAUACCUACAUCAGUUCUCUGGGGAUAUUUCGCCUACAUGGCCAUAGACAGUCUGCCUGGAAACCAAUUCUGGGAAAGAAUGCUUCUUCUUUUUGUAACUCCUGGCAGACGAUACAAGGUCUUGGAAAAAGUUCAUGCUUCGUUUGUGGAGUUGGUUCCAUACAAAUACAUGGCCAUAUUUACACUCUUUCAAUUUGUGUAUUUCCUGCUGUGUUUUGGUGUGACAUGGAUUCCUAUAGCCGGAAUAUUAUUCCCAUUGCCAUUCUUCCUUCUCAUCAGCAUAAGACAGUAUCUCCUUCCCAAGUUGUUUCACCCACGUUACCUUCGGGAACUCGAUGCAGCCGAAUAUGAGGAAAUCACUGGCGCCCCAAGACUCUCUCUUAGCCUCUCUCUCAGGGGAAGAGAAUCACCCAGAUUAGGGGAGGAAGAUGGAGUUGAGAUGUGUGAUGGUGAGAUAUUAGACGAGUUAACAACGAGCAGAGGAGAAGUGAAGGUCAGAGCUAUGAGUUUCAGUGAAGACAAACUUAGUCAGAUUCAUCCUGGGGAUAUUGUUGAGGACAAAGAAUGACGAAAUAUGAGUUGGACUAAUGUGUCAACUUGUUAUACACAUGAUUUUCCCACAAGGGGUACUUGAAUUUUCAGAAGCAUAUACAUGAUUACAGAAAAUUAUGAAUAUUAGAAGGCUAAUAUACCAAAAAAGGUGUAGUAAUGGUAGGUUAGUGAAUGUUGGAAGAUUGAAUUUUUGUUGUGCUAAGGACUCUCUCUUACACAAUUGAAGUAAUAUUUAACAUGCAGACAUUACUCAAAUAUUUUAUGUUUUAAAAAUACUAAAUUAUUUGUAUCAAAUAUUUAGAUUGGACUCGUA